AUGUCACGAGAUGACUCUGACGAGCUUGGGUAUAUCGACCGUCAAUUCUUCUGCUCUAUCAGCUCGCCGGUGCAGCCAGAGCCAUCGUUUCUCGUCGCUCCUGAAUGUAGCGCCGCCGAAUCCGCCUCACAUUCCGCUACGCUUUCAGAGUAUUCGGGUCGCGGAGGCCCUUGGGCUCCUGGCACCGACUGUUCUGAAAUAGACAAGUUAUAUUUCGGUAUGCAAUUUGAACUUGUCCGCGUUUAUAAGGCAUCUUGUGCUAGUUUGAUUUGA